AUGAAGUCUGUGGGCGGUGCUGCGAGCCCUUCGGGGCCCCCGGGGCCCCCCUCCCCGUUUCCGCCGCAGGGGCCAGUCGUCCACCCUGAAGGGGUCCCCUCAUCAGAGGAGGCCUACGGGGACUCUCCUACUCAGACUAUCUGUCCUCACUGCAGCAAGGCCAUCACGACAACGAUCCGGUUCAAACGAUCUUGCUUGGGGGUCUCCUCGUGUCUCGCUGCCUUUCUCUUCCUCGGAUGGGUUGGCCUGUGUAUAGGGCCCUUUUUGUGGAUCGCGCUGAGGGACGCCGUGCAUGAGUGCCCGCAGUGGGAGAUGACGUCGCAGUCUUGGUUGGAUUUUGUCUCAAAAUGCGGUCAGCGAUCUCAAUUGGGUAAUCCGUUGCACGCAGGUGCAAACUUUGCAGACGAAUUUGCAUUUAAGACGGUGAGGUGGGUAGGGCUAGUUAAGCAGGUGCGUGAGGGCUUGUUUUCCUCUUCUCCUUCUUUCUUGUUGCUGGCGAUGAACCCCACUCUGUCCGUGGCCGCAACUCGAAGGGGCGGACCCCCCGUCACCGAGGAGGCAGGUGACCCUGCGGGAGGGCGAGAGGCCCCCGAAGGCCUCUUGGCAGAACUAAAACUUCUGCAGCAGGAAGAAGAAGGCAUGAAGGGAGACGGCGCAGAUUUAGCUUUGGCCUUCGACUCUCACCUUGCAUCGGACGUCUCCAAACUCGAUCCAGGAGACAAAAUUGCCUUUGAAGCUACUCUUCAUGAACUUGGCAGAAGGGGCAAGCCGACUUUGGGUCGUUUAUGGAGCGUCGAGCUGUUGGAGCCAUGGGCUUCCCGUGAGAUGCGUUUGAAGAAAGCAGCAGCAGCAGCAGCUGCUGCUGCUGCAGCAGCGGAGACACUUUCGGAGUCGCUCUUUCCCGACAUGCUGCUGGGGGGCAUGGGGGGUGGCAUGCUAAUGGGGCUUGGGGGGGCGUUUGGAGGGCUGCGGCUGCCAUCUUCCAUGUUAGGACGAGGAGUUGUGGUUAUUCGCUCGUCAACUGUGGGGAGCGAUGGAGAGGUGCUGGAGGAGGAAGUCUGGCAGGCGGGAGGAGACGACCCUGCCACCCCGACGCUGUUGUUGCAGCAGCAACAGCAGCAAGGAAACAUCCAAGUUGCUGCUGGAAGCUUAGCGAACGCUUCAGGGGACGCCGGAGUUGUGUCCAUGCUUAACGAACUGAUCGAGCAUUUGCAGCACCACCAGCACCGGCACCAGCCACAGCAACAGGAACGGAACAACUUGGACGUGUUCUCGCUGGGUUUGUCAGAAGAAGAAGAAGCCUCUAAUGACAAUAAUAAUGAUGCUGAUGAUAAUGAUGAAGACGAUGGCGAAGAAGAUGACGACGAAGACGAAGAAGAAGAUGGUGGCGGCGGCGACGAGGGAGGACCUGGAGGGCGCACCCCAACAAUGGAGACAGAAGAAGAGAUCGCACCAGCUGCAGCAGCAACAGCAGCAGCAGCAACACCAACAGGAACAGCAGCAGCAACGGCGGCAGGAGACAAAGGAAAAGCCAGCAGCAAUCUAGAUACCACAACGACACAAACACGGGAGGCCGAAGAACUCUUCUACGCCCUCCCACCGCGGCAGGUAGACGCGGAAGCACCGCCAGUGGUGCCCGGGACGCCUUCGGAAACUAAGGAAAACACCGAAGAAAAGCAGCAACAGCAUCGUCAGGAACAACAGCAACAGCACGAGAAGAAGACUAAUCAAGCACAACAAAGGGAACAGCAGCAAAAACAGACGAAACAGCAAACAGGCGACACCCUGCAAAGCACUCCCCCCCCUUCAGGAAAACCCAAGCAAUUCACCAAGCAGCAGCAGCAGCAAAAACAGCAACAACACAGGCAAAAGCAGAAGCAACAGCAGCAGAAGCAGCAUAAAACACUGCCUUCGCUAGAGAACCAGAAGGAGGGGCAGACCGAGAAACGCCAGCAAGGCUAUCCUCCUCCACAGACACAGCAGCAGCAGGGACAAGCACCAGUGUAUCCGCAGCAGCAGCAGAAGCAAGUGCCUGCUUACCAACCGCAGGAGCAGCAUAAUCAUCAUCGUCAGCAGCAGCAGGUGCCUACUUACCAACCGCUGGAGCAGCUACAGCAGCAGCAGCAGCAGUCGCUUCCUAACCAACCGCAGCAGCAUCAAGUGCCUCCUUACCGCCCGCAGCAGCAACAAGUUCCUCCCUACCAACCGCAUCAGCAGCAGGUGCCUCCCUACCAACCACAGCAGCAGCAAGUGCCUCCUUCCCAGCAGCAGCAGCGUCAGGAAGCGCCCCCCUACCAUUCGCAGCAGCAGCAGCAACAAGCUCCUCCACACCAACCACAACAGCAGCGGCAAGUGCCUCCUUACCAUACGGAACAGCAGCAGCAGGUGCCUCCAUCACCGUCUGCAACUCCGCUAUACUACCAGUCGCCUUCGCAGCAGCAACAACAGCAGGCGCAACAGUUCGCAGCGCAGGAGGCUCAGCCGUAG